AUGCGUGUCUUUCCGCAAAACACACUGGUGAGGGAAGCUAGCCUCUGUCUCAACCCCCAGGAAAAAAGAAGGCUGGAGCUGGAAGCCGGCGGCCCCCAAGUCCUUCAGGAUGGUGGCACGACUGCCAAAGCCAACAAUCCACUGGUGCCUCUGCCCCACACUGGAGGAGAGACUCCCGCCUCCUAUCCCAUAGCGCACAAGAUCUUGUUUGAGAAGUCGCGCAAUGACACAUCGCUUGGGUUCUUAACGCAGAGGUUUGCGGAGCUGCUUAGGAGCUCUGCUGACGGGGUGUUGGACCUUAACAUAGUGUCCCAGCAGCUCAAUGCCCCUAAGAGACGUGUCUACGACGUCACCAAUGUCCUGGAAGGGAUCCAGCUCAUCAAGAAGAAGUCUAAAAACUGCAUCGAGUGGUUGGGCGGUCCAGUGAACUUUAACAUAGAUCAAGAGCUGACGGCUCUCAUUGAGGAGGAGAGGAAGCUGGACGAGUUGAUCCAAAGCUGUACGUGGCAGGUUCACCAGCUGUGUGAGAACAGUCACAGUCAGAGAUUUGCGUAUUUGACUUACGAGGACGUCCAAAGAAUUCCCAGCCUGAAAGGACAGACUGUGAUUGUGAUCAAAGCCCCGGCAGAGACAAAACUGGAAGUGCCACACCCAGACGAGAGCCUCCAGGUCCACCUCAGCAGCACACAGGGACCCAUUGAAGUGUUCCUCUGCUCCGAUGACCCCAUCCCUAUGGAAGCCACAGACAGCUCUGUGGCCAAUUGCAGCCACUUAAACUCAUCCCCCAAUGGGAACGUCUCUGGCUCCCCUUUGCCUUACUCGUCCUUCGUCCAGGUGUCUUCCAAUGACAAUGCAAACUGCACUUCUGGAAUCAAUAGUAUCUCCAACCCGCCGUUCGAACCGAGACAGCACUCCUCACCAGCUACCGUCUCUCCCAUGCCCACCUCCCUCCAACCCCCCUCUGAAGAUCAACAGAGCUUUGUCACCCUCACCCCACCACUGGCCUUCUCUCUUGAUGGGAAGGAGUACCUCCUGAGCCUUGCUGAGGACGAGGGCAUCACCGACCUCUUCUCCUCUGUGGACCUGGACCAGUUGUCCCUGGAUAUGCCCCUCUGAACAGCCGUUUUGGAAAUACAAUAACUUUGGAGGCAAUGGCCACCUUCCCACAAACAGGAUAUCACGCGGAUGCAAUAAAAGAACAAAGUGCUCAUUCUUUUAUAUUUACAUUUGCUUGUCCUGGAGGAUGUGACUGCGAUUUGCUGACACACGGGUUUGUGGAGGAGGUUACCCAAAAGUAUCACAUUGGAGUGGUCUUGGAAUAGCUAUGUAUUUCGAAAAACCCAAGUGAGAUCUUUUUGAUGGCUUCCUUGUUGUCUUUAGGACUUGGACUCGCAUGCAUGAUAGACAGAAGGUUUCAGACUUUUUAAUCUGUUACAUUUCUUUGUGUCCUUCCGAAGUGUCCUUUUCAAAAGUCAGAGCUUUGCUGUCUCAACACGGGACAUAUUCUUGACCAUUAAUGUCUUGACAUGAUGUGAAGACUAUUUGUAUCACAAUCACCAAAGAGCCUUCACAACAAAGCUUAAAAAUUUAGACACCUAUUUAACAUAAAGAGGUGUUGAUUAAAAGCAUUAAAAAUGCAAAUAACCCACAUGUCUUGUGUUGGCUCUGCUACAAGGGAUGAUUGUUUCUCACCUCAUACUGAUUGACUGAUUACUAACUACCUAAACUCACAGUAUCUGCUGAUAUUGAGCACCGAUCUUAUUCCAGUGCUAUUUUGCAAAAAUCUGUGUAACUCACUGGAAUUCCCUGGAAUAAUUUUUUUAUGUAAGGUGACGUGGGGCCAGGGAGUUGGCGGCCCAGCAUGACAUUGGACACUGAAUUUUAUUAUCACAUUGACAACACGAUUAUAAGAUUUAAUGUCUAUAGGUUGUGUUGUGGCUGAUACACGAUCCAUUGAUUAAAGUCCGUAUCGGGCCAGUACCGAUCAUGGCGUAUCAUCACUGUUUCUGUCUGGAUCCAGUUUGGGCUUGAUAGUUUUUCAAGACCUGAGUAUUUUUGUUUUUUUUACUAGAAGUGCAGUUUGUAUAUUCAGAGGUGAUUCACACAAAACAUUAAUGGGCUUUUGACACUCAAAUUCCUCUGUUGUUGGGGGAGGUUUGUAUAGCUUGUUCAUUAUAAAUCUUGCAGCUUCUGA